CCCCUGUCCGCAGCCAAUCUUUACUGCUUUGCUUUACGCAUGACAUUGUCUGUGGAUCAUGUUGAGGUUUUGCCCUGUGCAGACUUACUUUCACACACCACUGCGUUCACUUCAUAAUUUUAGUCAUUGUUGUGUAGUUUUCAAAGUGAUGCACGACAAAAAAAAACCUGACCCCACCCAGACGGUGUAGGCGGGACGUAGUUGCGCCUCAAGACACGCAGGGACGCUGAGGAAAGCAGACGCAGUGAAUCUCUCUAAGGAGAUGGACUAUUUCAUCGGCACGAAACAAAGACUAAUACACUUGUGACUACGAUGUACAUGAGAUGGCUGGUUCCACGGAGAACUUAGCCUAAGAACAUUUCUUUCACGUUUGGAAACAGUACUGGAAACUUUCUGGACUUAACGGUCGCAGGCUUUUUGCUUCUCACACGUAGUCAGACGGGUCGGAAUUGUUUUGUUUUUCGUUGUCUUGUCAGUUUCACGGCUGUCAUGAUCCCUAAAAACAUUUGACCCAGUUGACCAUGUCACAUUUGCAUAGAGGACAGGACCGUCACCGGGCGAAUGGCCCAACCACCGUAGUUGAGCGAGAGAGCAGCGGAGAGACUCAUCCGGUGGAUGAAGCAGACUCUAAACCCCAGCAUUUUGACAGACCUCGGCUGAUUGAGAGGGACCAGUGCCGAUCUGAACCAACCAUGUCUCAAAAUUCCCAUGGUCACCGAACAGUGUCCAACUCUUCCAGUGGAUAUGUUUCGUCUGAUUCUGUACCAAGCUCCCCACUGACGCCGUCCUGUAGGCCGAACAAGUCGACACAAACGCCAAGUCUGUCUAGUCAAGUCAUUACUCAUGCUAUGCACAGCUUGUCUCAAACUCAACACAGUGGUCCGAGUCAUGAGCUAUGGUCUGUCCCCCUGCCCCUCUGUAGAGCCCACCUGACAGCAACGAGUGUGGGUGAUAUGCAACCGGAGGAGAUAGCUCAGGAGCUGCGGCGCAUCGGCGAUGAAUUCGACCACCUGUACUUUCGUGGGGCUCCUGCAGGUGGGAAUGGACAGGCCGUCCUCGCCCGGUUACGGCAGCAGAUCCCCGACGGGCCCGGCGUAAUGCUCUUCCUGGGCCUUCUGAUUGGACGGCUCUUUCAGUACAUCAUGAGGAGGAGAUGACUGAUUGGACAGUUGGGAAACUUAGCAGACCCCGUAGCAUCUGAACUUUGUACAGUGUACUUAUUGUAAAUAUGACCAGCGCGCAUUCGCCACGUGCAGUUGCUGUCUCUCUCUGCCUUCCUGUAUAAUGGCUGUGGAACUCCUGUACAGUUGGACUUGGUUUUGGGUUCUGGUGUGAUGAGCUCAACCAGAUCAGAGAUUGAAGAUUGGGAUAUUAGCGGAACCAAGGAGAGCAUUUGUUUUUGUUUGUUUGUUUGUUUCUGUAAAUCUGCAGCACACGGAUAUUUUUCAUCUUUGUUUUUUGAAAUAGAGAGUUUCCUGCAUGACUAUGGAAAGCUGAGCCGAAAACGGAUAGCCUGGACUGACCAGGGCCUAAGCCCUGUGACGGAGAUAAACAUUUCUCCUCUUCAUCCUCUUUGGUUUUCUUUUUCUUUCUUUUUUUGUUGUUCCACUUUAUAUCUAUUUAUUUGUACAUUUCUGUAUAGAUGUCAUUUCUUAUUUCUUAUGUUGAAGUGGUUAUUAGGCAGCAUGGCAGUAUAUCUCAGACAUUCCUGCAAAGGCCGUGCCGGCUCGCUAGCGUGGUCCUCUUGGUCUCAAAUGUGGCACUUCCGUUUUUUGUGUGUUGAUAUUGCAAAAUGAAUUUUUGUCCACAUGUAUUUUUUUAAAAAAAAAACAUUAUGACUCAAUUUUACAGAUAAUUGCUGUGUAGAAUACUGUUCCGAUUUAAAAGUGAAUGCUUUUAUGCAUGAUUUGUGGAAAAGAAAGAAAAAUGACAUCUGAUUGGCUGGGGGAAAAAAAGAACUGAUACUGGUCUUAAGCUUUCCUUGUUCAUGACGCACCAAAACAUCAAUCACCUCACUGUUGUAACCUUUGGCAGGCCUGGGCCUUCAGAUGCGUGUUAAUUUUCCAGCACAACAUUAGUGUUGGCCUGGUAGGCUUGUUCACUGGAGUGCCAGGUCAUUUAAAGAUCAUCUAACACAAGACUCUGUCACAGGGGAGAGCAGCUUUGUCAAUGAAAAACCACCGAAUGAACUGGAGCCAGGAUAACAGGGUUUCAAAGGCAGGUUGUUGUUUUUUACACUGACUCUACCACAAUAUUGAGGUACGUGUACAUCUGAUACAGGGACUAUAACCACCCGACCUGUUAGUGUCCACUCAAGUGUUUUGGCUUCAAGACUGUUUUUGUGUAGCCGUGGCUAAUAAGGAUAUGUGUGUGAAUGGUGGAAAGACAUGGAGUUCUUCAGGGCAUUGUACUUGUUACUUUGGUGUGUGCCAUCUUUUGUGGGUUUCACCCAAUUUAUAUUGUUAAAUCAAGCAGUCAUACUUCCCAUAAUGCAAUACGUCUCCUCAAAGAGCAAGCUUUUGUCAGCAGCUGGUCUAUUGCAAAGCACGCUUUUAUAACCGUUUUGUGGGACAGUUAAAAGCUUGGAGUAGAUUCAGGAGCUGAAAUGAAUAGUACUAGGAAUUUUAAAGCCAAAAAGUCAUCGCUUACAGAAGUGACCUCUGAGAAAGGAAGCCAACAGUAACGCAUCAACGUUUUGAUAUGAUUGUGUGGUGGACUCACUUUUCAUUCCUCUCGCCACACCUAGGCGUAAGGGUGUGAGUGACAACAGUCAAAACAGUACACUCUUCAGCAGACAACCUCAUGUUUUUGCACCUCUUUGAAACAAAUCAACUCAGUGCCAAAGACCACCACUGAGUCUUUCAAUCAGUGAAUGAGACCAAAGAUCCUCUUUUGUACUGUAUCUAAGUCACACUUUGUGAGCAGCAUUGUGAAAGAAAACCUGUGAGCAAAUUUUAAAAAAAAACGAGUGAACGUGAGAGCUUGGUUGUCGUGUUUUGAUUACUAUGCAUUGCGUGUUUAUGUUUAUAACGGUAUAUUACUUCCCCUCGCAGUUGGCUGGUCACGCCGGGAGCUCCAGUAUUUUACCUGUAAUUUUGUUCCAUUAGCCUUAUUGUACACACUUUUACUGUAUAGCCUUUUAUUUCAGAACAACUCUUCUCGCAUCAGCGGGGGCCAUCUUUUAGACAGACUCCAUAUUUCAGCAUGGUCAGGACAUUUGCAAUGGGAGCCUGCAGAAGCUGACCUAUGUCCACCUCACGGGACCCAGUUCAAAUGUAGCAUUCAUUUUUUUUCUCCAGUUUUUUUUAAAAAGUAUUUUGUAUUUUGCACUGAAAAUUUGCUAUGCUUUCAUAAUAAAUGUGCAAUACUGCUGUAAAUAAA